CGAUUGGUCGGUUUGCGUCUGACCUUUGUUCGGGCCGCCCAAAAGAUGCUAGCUGUCGCACCUGUACCUCUGCGCGCGAGAUUUUUCUCUGAGACAAGAUUCUAAGAGAUUCUCCUUGAAUCAGUUCCAGAUAGAGGAUUAAUCUCCUGAAAAACAGCCCAGAAUGGCCACAUCCCUGGAACCUGAGGAACAAAAAGGACUUUUAAUAGUUAAGGCAGACCAUUAUGGGGGACAGGACUCCAUCUCACAAAAGUACAGUCCUCACAGAAGGGAACUCUUCAGGCAGCACUUCAGGAAGCUCUGCUAUCAGGAUGCACCUGGACCCCGUGAAGCUCUUACCCAGCUCUGGGAGCUUUGCCACCAGUGGCUGAGGCCAGAAUGCCACACAAAGGAGCAGAUUUUAGACCUGCUGGUGCUUGAACAGUUCCUGAGCAUUCUCCCUAGGGACCUGCAAGCAUGGGUGCAGGCACACCAUCCAGAGACUGGAGAGGAGGCGGUGACUGUGCUGGAGGAUCUUGAGAGAGAGCUUGAUGAACCUCGAAAGCAGGUCCCAGCCAAUUCAGAAAGACAGGACACACUUUUGGACAAGUUGGCCCCCUUGAGAAGGCCACAUGAGUCACUGACUAUCCAGCUCUAUCCCAAGAAGACCCAGCAGGAGCAGGAAUCUGGGGAGCCCCGAAGGAAUGGUGAUAAAACCAAGACUAAGAAUGAAGAGUUGUCCCAGAAGGAAGAUAUACCCAAAGACAUGGAAUUCCUUGGGAAAAUAAACAACAGACUUACCAAAGCUAUUCCUCAGUAUCCUGAAUCCAAAGAUGCUAUUGAAAGUGAAGGCAGAUUUGAGUGGCAACAGAGGGAAAGAAGACGCUAUAAAUGUGAUGACUGUGGAAAAAGUUUCAGUCAUAGCUCAGACCUUAGUAAACACAGGAGAACUCACACUGGAGAGAAGCCCUAUAAAUGUGACGAAUGUGGAAAAGCCUUCAUUCAACACUCACAUCUCGUUGGACAUCAUAGAGUACACACUGGAGUGAAACCCUAUAAAUGUAAAGAAUGUGGGAAAGAUUUCAGCGGGCGCACAGGUCUCAUUCAGCAUCAGAGAAUCCACACAGGUGAAAAACCCUAUGAAUGUGAUGAGUGUGGGAGGCCCUUCCGUGUAAGUUCAGCCCUUAUUAGACAUCAAAGAAUUCAUACGGCAAACAAGCUCUACUAAUAUGGUGGAAGUAACAAAAGUUCUUUAGACACUCAGGCCUAAUUAGUUAUCAGAGAAAUCUGCCUUGGAGACCUUGAGUAUCCUGAUGUAGGCAAAGCUUCAAUCAUCAUUAAAAAUUUCUCUGGCACCAGAGAAUUUACCUGAGUAAAAUUUCCUUUCAUUUCUAAAGUAGUUCAGUUUCUUGGAAGGAACUAAGAGUUAUUUCAGAAAGCCUUGUCCACUGCCAGCAUUGCUCAUUUGCAGCCCAGGAUAACCAUGUUUCCUGGUCCUGGUUGAAAGAUGUGAAUUCUACCUCUCGACUCUGGCUCCUUUUUCCUUGGCCACUCAGUGUAUGACUUUAGACAAGACAUUCAUAUUUUCUUUGCCUUCAUUUUCCCAUUCUUCAAAGUGCAGAUGAUAUAAUAGAAGCCCACCAGGUAUGCUGUAUUAAGUUAAAAUAGAUGAAAACUGCUUUUGGAAUUAAGAACUAAAACCAUACUGUUUUUCCCCAUCAUUAGUGAUAUAAUGGCCUAAAUAUUCCUUAAAGUGGGGAAUAUAAUAAUGUUGUGGAAUAUUUUGCUUUGCCAAUGAUAAAAAAUAUGAGGAAACCACCAGAAAAGAUAGCAGGCUAAGAAAAACAUUAAAAUGGAGAGGAAAGCAAUAAGUCAUCAGUGGGAGCUGCUGGGAAGGGGGAUGAUGGAGUGUGUUAGGGAUCUGUAACUUUGGAUAAGUCACUUCUCUUCUGAAUCUCAGGUCAGUUAAACUGAGGGAGAUGGGGAGAGGUUGGUCUAGAACUGCACUGUCCAAUAUGAUAGCCAGUACCCACAUGUGGCUAUAUACAUUUAAACUUAAAUAAAGUGGAAAAUUCAGUUCCUUGGUGACAUUAGCCACAUUUCAAGUGCUCAAUAGCCACGUGUGGCUAGUAGCUACAAUAAUGGACAGCACAGAUCCAAACCAUUUUUUAUCACUGCAGAAACUUCUCAAUGACAUUGCUGUUCAAUCAUUGGUAAGGUAACCUCCAGCUUUGGUAUGUGAUUCUGAGUUCAGGAAGGUAGCAAAAGAGAUACCUGAAGAGGUUGUAAUAGCAAUAGGAGAUAAAAUACAAACACCUUAAAACAAAGUAAUUUAGUAAAAAUAACUGUGGUACUUUUUCAGCCUUAGAAAGAGAGUGUAUUGUAAUUGGAGAAAGAUGAUUAUUAAGUAAAUACAAUAACCUAAUAAUCAAAAUUGAAAGCUUAACUUACUACCUCAUCUCUAUAAAAAGAGUGUAAUUACCUUUACAAGGUAACAUCCCCUGUCAGUUACCCUAUACUAAUGAGAAACUGGGACUCUCAGGACACUAAUACUUUAAGACACAGUGAACAAUUUAGUUUUUCUUUUUCUUUUUGGCUUCAGAAUGUAUUAGCAUUUCAUGAAUGUAUUUGCGACAGUUUUACAUCACUAGUUUGAGAAUUUUAUAGCAUGACAGGAAUUGUGACCAAAGGCCAACACGUUCAAAUUUACAGCACCAUUAAACUGUCACGAACCACUGAUUCUAGGAAUAGCCAUCACCAAAAUGAUCAGGAAGUGAUCUAAGCUCUUACUGAAGACAUUAAUUACACAUACUUGCUUUGAGAGUAGGAAAAGCACCAGAAUCAGUUUGUGUCUACUACGAUUGGAAGAUGACUCUUAAAUCAUUCUUCAUAACACCAUAAAGGUAAAC